AUGGCAUACGUAGCCGUGCCACCGCCGCCUUAUAAACUGCCCAUCAGAGAACAUUGGGAGCUGGACUCACUGUUUUCCCAGUCUCUGCAUGAUGAAAAUUGGGUCGAGCUUUCUGACGCUGAGUCAUCUGAGACAGAUUCUCAGUUUCAGACCGAUGAAGUCAAGACAAGUAGGGCAGCUCCAAGACCAAAGCGAUGCACGAGGAAACUUGUGGCUCCAAAAGUUCAACGUACUGUGAUAUGCAAGCAUCAGCAUAGGGCAUGCUUCGAGGUGUAUCACAAUGCACCUCAUCCAUCCGCCGGCUUGUUUUCCCCGAACGCCAGCAUUUGCCCUAUUCUAGAGGAUCUUCGCAUAAGCUUCACGCCGUUUGGGUUUGCAUGUCAUACCCAUAAAACACUAAUUCCCCCCUCCAUAUUACAUCGGCAUAUUAUUGGAAGUCACGACGUCUCUCAGAAUAGUUCAGCCCGAAAGGAGCUUAUCGCCCACCUUCUCCAUAGUCACCAUAUGGCAGAAGAAACGAAGCUUCCUGAACCUACUGGUGAUCUGACUGAACCCAUUCCUGGACUGCAGGUACAGCAGGGGGUCAAAUGCCCUGUUGAAGGCUGUCCGGGAUGGUAUAGCAGUCAAAGGUCGCUGUCGGACCACUACAGUAACCAUCACGCUGGAGUAAAAGGCCAGCAUUUCAAAUUCUUGACGAAGCGCUACAUUAUGCGCCCAUACUUUCACAUUGUUGACAGGAAGGAUGACCUAAGCCGUCGAGUCUUUGUCUUGCACGCACAGUGGACGCCCAACCUGUCCUUUUCAGGUCCAUCUGGCUCAUCAGUUAUUGAUUCAACGCUGCAAGCCGUCUAUCAUCGAAACACUACAGCUGCGCCUUUGGCUGAUUUUCUUCUGGAGAUAGCUUGGCCUCAAUACCUAGCGAAAUUUGACGACCCCAGCCGCUCACUCCUUCGACAACUUGUCCAAAUACGGUCGUCAGCUGAUGUCAACGCCAUGUUGCCUGGAGCCUCCAAGCGUUUAGAGAAGGGUAUAUUGACUCUUAGGAAACUUUUUAUGCGAUACUUGGUUGAUGUUCAACGUUACCGAUGUGCAACCAACGACGAAGUUGUACAAGUUUUAUUACAUGGAACCAGGGCUCACUUUAAUCCUCUCGCUCGGGUCUCUUCAUAUAUGACCUAUACUGUACCCGUGAUGCAGUGCCUUUCGAUGAUGCUUCGAUAUAAGCAUGCAGCGCGUACCGGUAAAGGCAAGAUUCCGUCCUUCGUCAUUCCAGCUACUGGAGGGGAGGUAGUUGCAGUAACGGCGCUAUAUGAUUAUAUUGUUACAAACAAAGAACGCAGUGGCGUCAUCCUAAUGCAGCUUCUUCACAACUUCGCUGCCCUUCUCGUGCGACACAAAAUCACAAGCGUCGAGGUCAUGGCUUGUCCGUCCGAUAUCUCACUCUGCUUAGGCUCCCUCGUUGACAACGACCACUUUCGGGUGGGAAAUAUUAUUACUGUGAGAUGCGCCAUUCUUCAGCAUAGCUGGUUUGCCAUCAUCAUCCAAUGGGCUCGUAUCGAAGCCUCAGGAAAAAUGGCCUUUUUUCCACAUAACCCGGACCAUUUCAACCAAAGGCCUUCUGAUUCCACCCUUCCGCAAAGAACUGCCAUGCCUUCUACGGCAUCCUCUUCGGACGGUCCUGUCUUGAUAGGAGAUGAAAUCGGUAGCAGCGUAGUAGAAGAUGAGGAUGACUUCGGGGAGCCAGAGGAAGAGGAGGAUAUUGAAGAAGACCAGGAUGAGGACGCCAUGGAGAACAUGGAUUUUCAGAAGACUUUGCCAGGAUUGCCAGGCCACAAUCUGAACGGCGGCCACGUUGAAGCCCUUGUUUCAGAUGGGUUCUUCUCUGCCGACUCAGAGAAUACAGGCCCAGGACAGCGACUUAAUACGGCCUCCGUUCUAGGUUUAUUGUCUGAAAAUCGAGCUUUUGUUCACCCUUCCGAUGACACCAAUAUGGGCUUUACAACGCCCUAUACCCGUUUCAAGACCUUAUGGGCCAAGGUAGCUUCAGCCGCAAGGCUUGAACGCACUGAAUACGGUUUUAUAUUUUCCGAUGAUGGCCAAUCCGUCAUGAUCCCAGACGCCAGGGGUGUUUUUCACUGCGUCCAAUACUUGGAACUAGGAUCUCUUACCAGGCAACUCAUUCACCAAUUUUCCUCCGCUGUCCAAACCAUUUUAUCUGAUACGCAUCGCUGGCUCUACAACGACUUCUCCCAGCUUCAACUUACUGAUGAUCUUGGCCGCCGGGAAUCGAUUUUUCACCAGCCAGCUAACGAGCCCCAGUUGCAACCCAUGAUCAAGGUUGCGUACGAUCAGUUAGUUGGCCCCGCCGGUCAUCGUAGCUCAGUUUUCAAUAGCAAGGGAUCUAUCAAUACGAAAGCAGUUCAAAACCUGAUGGAGAAAGAGCAGGACCUUCUUUGUCUUCUCAACGCAUCCUUCCAGCUAUCUUGCGGCGUUCCCCCCCGAAGUUUUCAGCUCAAAUCCCUGCGUCACCACUACGACCCCAUUACUGGGGCUCAACGGAAUUUAUUUAUGGUCUGGGGAGCUCUAACGCUAGCAAAUCCUGCUGCAAAGCAGAGGGGAGAGACCAACAAGGAGUGCCUAUGGGCCCUCCCGAGCUCUCUGGUAACCCCCCUGCUCUUUUACCUGGGAGUUCUGAGACCAGCUUUCUGCAACAUCCUUCGGUUGGUCCGCGGGUCAGUACCUGAGCACGAAACUUAUAUAUUUGUGCACGCCUACUCCAAGCAUGAUUCCGGGUUUUUUUGGAGUGGGCCCGACGUCAAUGCAUCGCUACGAAAACGCUCUUCAGCUCUCCCCGUCUCAUUAUCAAGCACCUUGCUUCGAAAUCUUACCACAGGGAUGCUUCGAAAGUUCUUCCCAUCCCUGACGGAGCUUCACAACCUUCCUGAUUCUCUCCUAGAUCAACAAGCGCAGCACCAUCGUCGAACUGGCAACACUCAUUAUGGGCGUGACUUUGACCUUCCGCGCUCCCUUUCAAUGACCAUAGAUCGCGCUCGUGGUUAUAUCACAACCAGUCGGGCGCUCCAAGCUAUUUACGGUCUUGGUACAUUGGACGAGGGGAGCCUCCGCGCACUGUCCAACUCACACUUCUUUGCAUCUAGAGCUUAUGAGCUUGUCGCUUUCAAAGAAGCGAGGUUUCAGAUUCUGUCCCUCUACUCAGGCCCGGCUGAUGGCCGCCCUCUAGUCCAAGAAACGUUAAACAAGACGCCUUACAUGGCAUUAGUAGGGGAUGUGAUUGGAGACGGCGCGUUACGCUCUGUAAUGCACGUUCUAUCGUUUGGAACGUCACUGCCCUCCGUUGGCAGCGCUCCGCCUCCCGCGGGAUAUUCAGCUGAAACGGCCGGUUGCGCUGCGGCAUUGAUUAUUCGAGCGCUGAACGAGUGGUCAUCAGGAUCUCACUGCGAUCUACUGAAGCCAGCAGACGUCAACGUUGCAGAGUACUUCAAAGGUUGCGAAGCAGAUGCAACGGCUUACUUCAAAAAGCUCGCGACUUGCCAUCCGCAAUCGUGGACAGCUUUGUCCAACGACGUGCACUACUGGCAUCGACCUGCGCCGGGCUUUUUAUCUUACAUUCCUUACUCAUGGGACGGUAAGGGCGUUCCUUCUACAUCGGCUCAAGAUGAAAGCCACCGAAUCACUUGA